AUUAGAGAAAGAGAAUACCAUUAGUCAUUAAAAACCCCUUGCGUAAAUCUCGCUCAGAUUUUAUUGUUUCCAUAAGAAAAAUUUAAAGAAGACAAAUCUCACUUUUCCAUUUCAAAGAGACCAAAGCAAAAGAAAAAAAAUCAUGAAGAGAACAAGAGACGACGAUCCUUCUCACUUUCUCCAUCAAUCCUAUGAUGAUGAUGAAGAAGAUGAAGAAGAAGAUUCUUCCUCUGGAGGGUUUCAGCCGCCGUCACCACCGCCGCAGCAAGUGAAACACUUUUGUGUGAUCUGCAGCAAACAGUUUAGCUCCGGUAAGGCAUACGGAGGCCAUGUGAGAAUCCACUCGAGCGAGUACAGUAGCAAAGGAAAGAGAAAGAAGGUGAAAACGAAGAAGAGAAAGAUUUGUUUGGUGAACAAGGAGAAAGAGAAAGAGAAAGAAAAAGAGAUAGAUCUGAUUAGGGCUGACGUCGAACGUGAGAUCAUAAGAUGUUGUUUAUGUGGAAAAGAGUUUCAAACAAUGCACUCUUUGUUUGGACAUAUGAGGAGACACCCUGAUCGGAGCUGGAAAGGGGUACGUCCUCCCCUACCGGAAAAGCUCAAUCUUAGCUUUUUGGAUGAUGAUGAUGACGAUGAUGAGAGUGAUGAUGAAGGUGAUGAAGUGAUGAGUGGUGUAACAAAGGAUGUCCAUGACGCUGCUCGCUGUCUAAUGAUGCUCAAGGCGGGCAAGAGAAAAGCAACCAUGGAAACAGCAAACUCCGAGGUAAGAAGUUUUAGUUAUUGUAAUGACGAAAUGGAUGUAGAUACGAAGAUAAAGAUGGAAAUCGAGGUGAAUGUGAACAAUCCUCAAGAUGAAGCUAAGAAAAGAUCCUUAGAGAUUGAUCUGAAUCAGCCUUGUCAUGAUUCGUACUAACCGCUUAGCUAGUUUGAGUUUUCUUUGUAAUUUCCAUCUCUCUUAAGGAGUAGAUCAUUGCUCUAUGAAUUUACAUCUAUCUAUAUGCAUUGUGUUAUCUCCUACCUAGAGGCUUUGUAAAUAAUGAAGUCCUUUUAUGAUUCACAGAUUAUUUUUAUUUUUAUUUUUAU